AGAUGAGUGGCUCAGACUAGUGUGCUCAACCUCGGAGCACAUUAGCUCGUAACUUCGCUUGAUCCAAACACCAUUCAACAUGCGUGAGUGCAUUUCGAUUCACGUCGGGCAGGCUGGCGUGCAAAUCGGUAACGCAUGUUGGGAAUUGUAUUGCCUCGAGCAUGGCAUUCAACCGGAUGGACAAAUGCCCAGCGACAAGAGCAUUGGUGGCGGGGAUGAUUCAUUCAACACCUUCUUCAGUGAGACAGGAGCUGGCAAACACGUCCCACGAGCAGUGUUCGUGGACCUUGAACCAACUGUAGUCGACGAAGUCCGUACGGGUACAUAUCGUCAACUGUUUCACCCUGAGCAGCUUAUCACCGGUAAAGAGGACGCAGCGAAUAACUAUGCGCGUGGUCACUACACGGUCGGCAAAGAGAUAGUCGACUUGGUGCUUGAUCGCAUUCGCAAACUGGCCGACCAGUGCACCGGAUUGCAAGGCUUUCUGCUCUUCCACUCUUUUGGUGGUGGCACAGGAUCCGGUUUCACCUCACUGCUUAUGGAGCGAUUGAGUGUGGAUUAUGGGAAGAAGUCUAAGUUGGAAUUCGCCAUCUACCCCGCGCCACAGAUUUCCACGGCCGUCGUCGAGCCUUACAAUUCCAUCCUAACCACACACACCACGCUAGAGCACUCUGACUGUGCUUUCAUGGUCGACAAUGAAGCCAUCUACGAUAUUUGUCGACGCAACCUAGACAUCGAACGACCGACCUACACCAAUUUGAACCGCUUAAUUGGUCAAAUUGUCAGUUCCAUCACCGCUUCUUUACGCUUCGAUGGGGCUCUCAACGUGGAUCUAACUGAGUUCCAGACCAACCUAGUGCCUUAUCCUCGCAUUCACUUUCCCCUUGCAACCUACGCACCGGUCAUUUCUGCAGAGAAAGCAUAUCACGAGCAACUGAGUGUGGCCGAGAUAACCAACGCCUGUUUCGAACCAGCCAACCAGAUGGUGAAGUGUGACCCACGCCACGGAAAAUACAUGGCCUGCUGCAUGUUAUAUCGUGGCGAUGUGGUACCAAAGGAUGUCAAUGCUGCUAUCGCUACAAUCAAAACGAAGCGGACCAUACAAUUUGUUGACUGGUGCCCGACCGGUUUUAAAGUAGGUAUUAACUACCAACCGCCGACUGUGGUGCCAGGAGGGGAUUUGGCCAAAGUCCAACGUGCUGUUUGCAUGCUGAGCAACACAACUGCAAUCGCAGAGGCUUGGGCUCGUCUGGACCACAAAUUCGACCUAAUGUAUGCGAAACGAGCAUUUGUACAUUGGUACGUUGGUGAAGGCAUGGAAGAGGGUGAAUUCUCCGAGGCCCGUGAAGAUUUAGCAGCGCUGGAAAAGGAUUAUGAGGAGGUUGGCGUAGACAGCGUCGAAGACGAAGGAGAGAACGAAGAGGGUGAAGAGUUCUAGGUUGUGAUUUGUUAAACUCGCUGUGUAUGGAACUUUUCUGUAGUAGAUUCAACUUCUGCAAAGUGGCA